AUCGUGGAGGUGUACGACGAGAGUCUUUUUAAAAUAUUUUUUAAGUGCCUUUUACCGAUAAUUAAAAAAAAAAAAUCCAACCAAAGUGCACGUCGUAUCUUCCAACACUCCAAACAGCAAAUCCUCCACCUUCCUUAUCGCCGAUGCUUGUUUUUUUUCUCACUCCAAACCCUUGCAAAAAUCUAAAAUUAACCGCCGCUCUCCUACACCCACAGAUCGAAAAUGGAGCUCUUUUCUCCGCUCCAUGGCCUCUCAUCCGUCGACCUCUCCUUCUCCACUUCCCUUUCUCCUCUCCCCUUUCGCUCCUACGUCAGGUCCCGCCGGACGACUACCCGUCGCCGGGCUCUCGCCAUCGCCAGCACGCCCGUGCCAGAAGCUCCCCCAAAUAGUCCCCAGCGCCUCCUCCGUGAGCUCGCCGAGCGCAAGAAGGUCGCUUUCCCCAAGAAGAAGGUUCCUCCACGCCGAUUCAUCCUCAAACCUCCGCUCGACGAUGCGAAGCUCACCCAGCGCUUCCUCAACAGCCCUCAGUUGUCCCUCAAGUCCCUGCCGCUUCUUAGCUCCUGCCUUCCUUCCGCCCGCCUUAACAAUGCUGACCGCACUUGGAUAGACGAGUACCUCCUCGAGGCCAAGCAGGCCCUGGGGUACCCCCUCGACUCGUCCGACCAACUUGACGAUGGGAAUCCAGCCAAGCAGUUUGACACACUGCUGUACCUAGCGUUCCAGCACCCGGCGCCAGACUGCCAGCGUGCCAAUGCCAAGCACGUCAGGAACGGACACUCCAGACUCAGCUUCCUGGGGCAGUACGUGCUUGAGCUUGCAUUCGCUGAGUAUUUCCUGCAACGUUAUCCACGAGAAUCGCCUGCGCCAAUGAGGGAGAUGGUUUUUGAACUGAUAGGAAAGAGGAAUCUUCCCAAAUGGAUUAAAGCAGCUAGCUUGCACAACCUGGUGUUUCCUUAUGAUGAUAUGGAUAAAAUGAUUCGCAAGGAUAAGGAACCUCCAGCGAAGUCUGUAUUUUGGGCAUUGUUUGGAGCCAUAUAUUUGUGUUUUGGUAUGCCUGAAGUAUAUCGUGUACUAUUUGAGGCAUUUGGUAUGGACCCAGAAGAUGAAAGCUGUCAACCAAAAUUGAGGCGGCAAUUGGAAGAUGUUGAUUAUGUCUCGGCGGAGUUUGAGAACAAACAAAUUAGCUGGCAAGAUAUGGCUUCAUACAGGCCUCCACAAGAUGCUCUUUUUGCCCAUCCAAGGCUUUUUAGAGCAUGUGUACCACCAGGUAUGCAUCGAUUUCGAGGGAAUAUCUGGGACUUUGACAGUAGGCCUAAAAUCAUGGAAGCAUUGGGAUAUCCUUUGUUCAUGAAUGAUCGAAUUCCAGAAGUCGCUGAGGCAAGGAAUAUUGAACUUGGCCUUGGUCUUCAGUUGGCAUUUUUACACUCAUCCAAAUACAAGUUCGAGCAUCCAAGAUUUUGUCUAGAACGGUUGGAAUAUGUUGGGCAAAAGAUUCAGGAUCUCGUGAUGGCAGAAAGAUUGCUAAUGAAGCAUCUUGAUGCCCCCGGAAGAUGGAUACAAGAAAGGCACCGGCGCACAUUAAUGAACAAGUUCUGCGGCCGAUACUUGAGGGAUCGGCACCUUCAUCACUUCAUCAUUUACGGAGAGUCGGUUCAAGAUAAGUUUGAGCACAACCGGAGGCUGAGAAAUCCUGCAUCGACUGCAGUCCAGCAAGCCAUACACGGGCUUGCGUAUACCAUCUACGGCAAACCGGAUGUGAGGCGCUUGAUGUUUCAAGUGUUUGAUUUCGAGCAAAUCCAGCCAAAGGCUGUGUGAAUACAAGCAUACCCAUUUUUUUUUCGAGUUACCUUCAAUAUGCCAAAUCAAUCGUAUCGCCAAUGCAUCAACUUCCCCAUUGUAAUGCAACUGAGGCUUCAAAAUCCCCAACAAGAAAUCGAUGAUAUGAUUAGCAAAGGUUCUGAAGAUUAUCAUCUGUAAAAUGGGAGAGACCUCUUCGAACCUGUUGCUGUUGCCCUCCGAUCAUCACCGGCGUUCUUGUGUGCUAGCAUUGAUCUGGAAUUCCAGAGUAGAAGAUUGGAUCAUCUUGAAGUCACGGAUCCUAUCUUUUCCGACCGAAACAACUCAGCCGAGAUAUUCUUGUUGUUUCAAUCCAGUCGAAUUGACUGACCUUCGAUUCCUGUUCCGAGCCAUUGCGACAGUGGGCGGUGGUCCACUCAUUCUGCUGCCUUGCACAUGCGGCCAGUCCCAGUCCAGUCCCAGUCUGCGCACAAGAGGCGUCCAGCUACUCCCAGGCGAAUCGAGAGAGCUUUCAGAUUUGCCAGUGAAGAGCGAGCGCGCUGUUAUGGAAAGGGAAACAACUGGAUGACACAUAAAAGUGGUUCCUUUCAUCCCUUUCUCUCUCUACGCUGUUGAAUCUUUUUCUUUUCUCAGUCAUCUUUGCUUUGUAGCAGCCUACAGGUCCGUUGAUUGAUCUGGUGUGGAGCAUUUCCGCUUCUCUUGCUUUAUCGUCUCAUCUCGAUUUGUUCGCCCAAUUUGGCUUAUUUUUUCCAUGUAAUCGCGCGCCGUACGCUUGUCUCCUCUCGAUCUGGGAGGUCGAUUUCUGCAGCCGGCACAUCGGGCUCCAUUCGUCGGAGCCAGUUCUUGGUCAAAGACUCGGCCUUUGUCUGAUCGUCCUCGUCUUCGUUUGGCAUGCGAGGUUGGCAACGUGCCGUGCCGGGAUGAGGGAAAGUGAAGGUGAGUGAGUAUUUCGCUGGAGGGGAAUGUAUUAGGGUUCCUUGGCGAUAGCCUCACCGGCGAACGAUGGCAACCGACGUACGGCCACGAGAUCCGAGCAUUCAGCCCCCCAUGGUACCCCUGGCAACCCUCAUCGGCCGGGAGAUCCGAGGCGGCAAGUCUCAGAAGCCAUCCAUUAAGUAUGGCCACGCCGGUUUCGCUAAGAGGGGGGAAGAUUACUUCCUUCUGAGGCCCGUCUGCUUCCGGGCUCCUGGCGACCCCGCGUCCUUGUUCUCGGUGUUCGCGAUCUUUGACGGGCACAAUGGAGCUUCUGCUGCUGUGUUUGCAAAAGAGCACCUUUUGGAUCACGUCAUGAGCACGAUUCCUCAGGGAAUUGGUAGAGAAGAGUGGCUUGAAGCCCUUCCUCGGGCACUUGUUGCUGGUUUUGUUAAGGCAGACACCGAGUUCCAGCGCAAAGGGGAGACUUCUGGGACAACGGCGACACUCGUUGUCAUCGAUGGUUGGACUGUGACGGUUGCAUCUGUAGGUGAUUCUCGCUGCAUACUGGAUUCACUGGAUGGCGUAGUUUCGUUGCUAACGGUCGACCAUAGACUGGAAGAGAAUGUUGAGGAGAGAGAACGUGUUACUGCCAGUGGUGGGGAGGUUGGAAGACUUAACCUUUGUGGAGGGAAAGAGAUUGGGCCACUCCGAUGCUGGCCUGGCGGGCUAUGCCUUUCGAGGUCGAUUGGAGAUACAGAUGUAGGCGAGUUCAUUGUCCCAAUUCCUCAUGUGAAGCAAGUGAAGCUUUCAGCUGCUGGAGGACGGUUAAUAAUUGCUUCUGACGGCAUUUGGGACGCUCUUCCAUCUGAGCUAGCUGCCAAAGCUUGCCGAGGACUUCCUGCAGAACUUGCUGCGAAGCUUGUUGUCAAGGAAGCUUUACGAAAAAGUGGGCUAAAAGAUGACACAACUUGCCUAGUUGUUGAUAUCAUUCCACCAGAUUGUACAUUUGUACAACCUUCAAUAUUAAAGCAGCAAAACAAGUUCAGAUCCCUCCUUUUCGGGAAGAAGUCGAAGAAUGGUGCUGGUAAACCUACCAAACUGUCUUCUGUUGGAGCUGUGGAGGAAUUGUUUGAGGAAGGGUCGGCUAUGCUGGAAGAAAGACUGGGAAAGAACAUCUCGUCGAUGGAGAACUCAGGGAAUCAACGCUGUGCUAUUUGCCAGGCAGACCAAGUACAAGAUGACGAUCAAUUAGUUCAUUCCAGUGAUUCUUUUCCUGCAACAUCAAGGCCGUGGGAGGGUCCAUACCUCUGCCAUGAUUGCCGGAGAAAGAAAGACGCCAUGGAGGGAAAACGGCCUCGCAAAUCAACGAUGUCAAGGUGAAACACAGCGUGGAGCCAAGUUAAUCUCUAGUAAAUGUAUAAUGGGCAAGGCGAAUAAUCUGUCAGGCUGAUGCUCCGAGUUGGUUGCCUAAUUGUUGUUUGGACUGUAAAAUGUGUGAUAUCUCGGGUUGCGAUCGUUUGAAGAUUAACCAAUGCCGAUAUUUGUAUGGUGGACCAGUACUGAUGCAAUCCCUAUUUCUCAACAAAUGACUUCUUUGUACUCGAGCCUCAAGUAAAAUUGCAAAGAGUUGUACUGUUCUAUUGUGAUUGAGGAAAAGAAUUACACAAAGUGCAAACUCUAUCAUAA